AGAGGUAUAGGAAAAAAAAAAAAAAGAAAAGAGGCAGUGUGGUCUCUGAUACACAAAUGAGUACUGGACCAGAAGUGGUAAGGGUUGAGUUCUGAAUCUGGCUCUAACACUAAAUAGCUGUGUUAUCAUUUAUUCUUUGCAUAACUUCUCCAGGUAAAAGUUUCCUCAUCAGUAAAAUAAAGAAGCUGAAUCAGAUGGUCUUUAGGGACCAGCUUUAAAUAACUGUAUUUUUCAUGGAUUUUUAAUAGCAAAUUUAAUCUGUCUUAAAUAAGUGCCGUAUGUUCCAUUAUUAAACAAUCAAGACAACAAGUAAGUAGGUAAAGAGAAAAUCAGUAAAAAAUGAAUGACUCAUGAUGCUGAGUCAGUUUAUAUUCUGAACAUAAACUGAGUUUUUUCUUGUCUUCGUCACAGGUAUAAUACUACACGUCUGCUUCAGGAAGAAAGUGCCUGCCAUUCUUAUCAUUUCUGCGCAGGUUCAUGCCAGCACAGAACAGAGAAUCAGUUCGAGCCCAGAUUUCAAGUCUUGAGUAAAAUACCUUCAAGCGAAUGGGCCCUAUUGUACUCAACACAUUCAGAACCUGUUAUCCAAGGAAUUCCCUAAAGAAUUAGAAGUGUGUCUCACCAACCAGCCAAGAUGAACAUGGUGAAGAGGAUCAUGGGGCGGCCGAGGCAGGAGGAGUGCAGCCCACAAGACAACGCCUUGGGACUGAUGCACCUCCGCCGGCUCUUCACGGAGUUGUGCCAUCCUCCCCGGCACAUGACUCAGAAGGAACAAGAAGAGAAACUGUAUAUGAUGCUGCCAGUGUUUAACAGGGUUUUUGGAAAUGCUCCACCAAAUACAAUGACAGAAAAAUUUUCUGAUCUUCUGCAGUUCACAACGCAAGUCUCACGACUAAUGGUGACAGAAAUUCGAAGGAGAGCAUCAAACAAAUCCACAGAAAAACAGUGUGCCCUGCUGUCCCCCAAGGAUUUCAAAGCCACAAUACCUUCAGAGGCUGCAAGUCGGGCCAUCGUCCAGUUCCUAGAGAUCAAUCAGAGUGAAGAAGCCAGUAGAGGCUGGAUGCUUCUGACGACGAUUAAUUUGUUAGCUUCCUCUGGUCAGAAAACCGUGGACUGCAUGACAACAAUGUCAGUGCCUUCCACCCUGGUUAAAUGUUUAUAUCUGUUUUUUGACCUUCCACAUGUGCCUGAGGCAGUUGGAGGUGCACAGAAUGAGCUACCUCUAGCAGAACGUCGAGGACUACUCCAGAAAGUCUUUGUACAGAUCUUAGUGAAACUGUGCAGUUUUGUUUCCCCUGCGGAGGAGCUGGCUCAGAAAGAUGAUCUCCAGCUUCUAUUCAGUGCAAUAACCUCUUGGUGCCCUCCCUAUAACCUGCCUUGGAGAAAGAGUGCUGGAGAAGUCCUCAUGACCAUAUCUCGUCAUGGUCUUAGUGUCAAUGUAGUGAAGUAUAUUCAUGAGAAAGAAUGUUUAUCUACAUGUGUUCAGAAUAUGCAGCAAUCAGAUGACCUGUCUCCCCUAGAAAUUGUUGAAAUGUUUGCUGGGCUUUCUUGUUUCCUCAAAGAUUCCAGCGAUGUUUCCCAAACACUUCUGGAUGAUUUUCGGAUAUGGCAAGGAUAUAAUUUUCUUUGUGAUCUCUUGCUUAGAUUGGAACAAGCAAAAGAGGCAGAAUCCAAAGAUGCCUUGAAAGAUCUGGUUAAUCUGAUAACUUCCCUAACAACAUAUGGUGUCAAUGAACUAAAACCAGCUGGUAUUACCACAGGGGCACCCUUUUUAUUGCCUGGAUUUGCAGUACCUCAGCCUGCAGGCAAAGGUCACAGUGUGAGAAACAUCCAGGCCUUUGCAGUUCUUCAGAAUGCAUUUUUAAAAGCAAAAUCCAGCUUUCUUGCCCAAAUCAUCCUUGAUGCUAUCACAAAUAUUUACAUGGCUGACAAUGCCAAUUAUUUCAUCCUAGAGCCACAGCACACAUUGUCACAGUUUGCAGAGAAGAUUUCUAAACUCCCAGAAGUACAAAACAAGUACUUUGAGAUGCUGGAGUUUGUCGUUUUUAGCUUAAAUUAUAUUCCUUGUAAAGAACUUAUUAGUGUCAGUAUCCUCUUAAAAUCUAGCUCUUCUUACCACUGUAGCAUUAUUGCAAUGAAAACGCUUCUUAAGUUUACAAGACAUGACUACAUAUUUAAAGAUGUGUUCAGGGAGGUUGGCCUUUUGGAGGUCAUGGUGAACCUUUUGCAUAAAUACGCUGCCCUCUUGAAGGAUCCAACUCAGGCGCUAAAUGAACAAGGGGACUCAAGAAAUAAUAGUUCUGUUGAAGACCAAAAACACCUGGCUUUGUUGGUUAUGGAGACCUUGACAGUGCUUCUUCAAGGAUCAAACACAAAUGCAGGAAUUUUUCGAGAAUUUGGAGGUGCAAGAUGUGCACAUAACAUAGUAAAGUACCCUCAAUGCCGGCAGCAUGCCCUGAUGACUAUCCAGCAGCUGGUGCUCUCUCCAAAUGGGGACGAUGACAUGGGCACUCUCCUGGGGCUAAUGCAUUCAGCCCCACCGACGGAAUUGCAGUUGAAGACUGAUAUUUUAAGGGCCCUCCUGGCGGUCCUUCGAGAGAGCCAUCGAUCAAGAACCGUUUUUAGAAAAGUUGGAGGAUUUGUGUACAUUACGUCCUUGCUUGUUGCUAUGGAAAGAUCUUUGAGCUGUCCACCCAAGAAUGGCUGGGAGAAAGUGAACCAGAAUCAAGUGUUUGAACUUCUUCACACUGUGUUCUGCACGUUGACUGCAGCCAUGCGCUAUGAGCCAGCCAAUUCUCAUUUCUUCAAAACAGAGAUUCAGUAUGAGAAGUUGGCAGAUGCUGUUAGAUUUCUUGGCUGCUUCUCAGACCUAAGAAAAAUAAGCGCCAUGAAUGUCUUCCCCUCAAAUACACAGCCAUUUCAAAGACUUUUAGAGGAAGAUGUAGUCUCAAUGGAAUCAGUGUCACCCACAUUACGACACUGCAGUAAACUUUUUAUUUAUCUAUACAAAGUAGCCACAGAUUCUUUUGACAGUCGUGCAGAACAGAUCCCUCCUUGCCUGACAAGUGAGUCUUCUCUCCCCUCUCCUUGGGGUACACCAGCUUUGUCCAGGAAAAGGCAUGCAUAUCAUUCUGUUUCAACUCCCCCUGUUUACCCUCCUAAAAAUGUUGCUGACCUGAAACUGCAUGUGACAACUUCAUCUCUCCAGAGUUCUGAUGCAGUCAUCAUUCAUCCUGGAGCCAUGCUUGCCAUGCUGGACCUGCUAGCCUCUGUUGGAUCAGUGACACAGCCAGAACAUGCUUUGGACCUUCAGCUUGCCGUGGCAAAUAUUUUACAAUCCCUGGUGCACACAGAAAGGAACCAGCAAGUCAUGUGUGAAGCUGGUCUUCAUGCGCGACUGCUGCAGAGGUGCAGUGCUGCUUUGGCUGAUGAGGACCACUCACUGCACCCACCCCUGCAGCGGAUGUUUGAACGAUUAGCCUCUCAGGCCCUGGAACCCAUGGUGUUGAGGGAGUUUUUACGUUUGGCAAGUCCUUUAAAUUGUGGUGCCUGGGACAAAAAACUACUAAAACAAUAUAGGGUCCACAAACCAAGUUCACUGAGUUAUGAACCAGAGAUGAGAAGUAGUAUGAUCACAUCUCUGGAAGGUCUGGGUACUGAUAAUGUUUUUAGCUUACAUGAAGAUAACCAUUACCGGAUAAGCAAGAGCCUGGUCAAAUCUGCGGAAGGAAGUACUGUACCCCUAACCAGGGUGAAAUGUCUGGUCUCCAUGACAACCCCACAUGACAUCAGACUUCAUGGGUCAUCAGUUACUCCAGCUUUUGUUGAAUUUGACACAUCGCUUGAAGGGUUUGGCUGUCUGUUUCUGCCUAGUUUGGCCCCUCAUAAUGCUCCUACAAAUAAUGCCGUCACAACAGGUCUUAAUGAUGGGGCUGUCGUCAGUGGUAUUGGUUAUGGGGAAAGAUUAUUCCCUCCUCCAUCUGGCUUAAGCUACUCUAGCUGGUUUUGUAUUGAACAUUUUAGUUCUCCUCCAAAUAGCCACCCUGUCAGACUUCUUACCGUUGUGCGCCGAGCAAAUUCUUCUGAGCAACAUUACGUUUGCCUUGCCGUAGUUCUGUCAGCAAAAGACCGAUCUCUGAUUGUUUCCACUAAAGAGGAACUUCUCCAAAAUUAUGUUGAUGAUUUUAGUGAAGAGUCCUCAUUUUAUGAGAUUCUCCCAUGCUGUGCUCGCUUUCGAUGUGGAGAGCUUAUCAUUGAGGGACAGUGGCAUCAUUUGGUCCUGGUAAUGAGCAAAGGCAUGUUGAAAAACAGUACUGCAGCCCUCUAUAUUGAUGGACAGCUUGUUAACACUGUAAAGCUUCAUUAUGUUCACAGUACUCCAGGGGGUUCAGGUUCUGCAAAUCCACCAGUGGUGAGCACAGUCUAUGCCUACAUUGGUACUCCACCUGCCCAACGCCAAAUCGCUUCAUUGGUUUGGCGCCUGGGACCCACACAUUUUCUAGAAGAAGUUUUACCUUCUUCAAAUGUUACUACCAUUUAUGAACUUGGACCAAAUUAUGUUGGAAGCUUUCAGGCUGUAUGUAUGCCAUGUAAAGAUGCAAAAUCCGAAGGGGUAGUUCCAUCCCCUGUGUCCUUAGUACCAGAGGAGAAGGUGUCAUUUGGCCUCUAUGCACUCUCUGUGUCUUCCCUAACAGUGGCAAGAAUCCGGAAAGUGUAUAACAAAUUGGAUAGCAAAGCCAUUGCUAAGCAGUUAGGCAUUUCCUCACAUGAGAAUGCCACUCCUGUGAAGUUGAUACACAAUUCAGCAGGACAUCUUAAUGGAUCUGCACGGACAAUUGGGGCUGCUCUGAUCGGAUACUUGGGAGUAAGAACAUUUGUCCCUAAGCCUGUUGCCACUACUUUGCAGUAUAUUGGUGGAGCUGCAGCCAUCCUGGGCCUGGUGGCCAUGGCCUCUGAUGUGGAAGGCUUAUAUGCAGCAGUCAAGGCCCUGGUUUGUGUGGUCAAGAGUAACCCACUAGCCAGCAAAGAAAUGGAAAGAAUCAAGGGCUACCAGUUACUGGCAAUGCUUCUUAAGAAGAAACGUUCCCUUCUUAAUAGCCACAUCCUGCAUCUAACUUUUUCUUUGGUGGGAACUGUUGAUAGUGGACAUGAGACCUCCAUUAUUCCAAAUUCAACUGCUUUCCAGGACCUCCUUUGUGAUUUUGAAGUCUGGCUCCAUGCACCAUAUGAACUUCAUCUUUCCUUAUUUGAACACUUUAUUGAACUACUCACAGAGUCCAGUGAAGCUUCGAAGAAUGCCAAAUUAAUGAGAGAAUUCCAGUUAAUCCCAAAGCUGCUCCUGACUCUUCGAGAUAUGUCUUUAUCCCAGCCUACUAUUGCUGCUAUCAGUAAUGUGCUGAGCUUCUUAUUGCAAGGUUUUCCCAACAGCAAUGAUCUGCUCAGAUUUGGCCAGUUUAUUUCUUCUACUUUGCCAACCUUUGCAGUUUGUGAGAAAUUUGUAGUAAUGGAAAUAAAUAAUGAAGAGAAGCUUGACACUGGAACUGAAGAGGAAUUUGGAGGUCUUGUAUGUGCUAAUCUUAUACUUUUGAGGAAUAGACUUCUGGAUAUCUUGCUAAAACUAAUUUAUACAUCUAAAGAAAAGACAAGCAUUAAUUUGCAAGCUUGUGAAGAACUGGUGAAGACACUGGGUUUUGACUGGAUCAUGAUGUUUAUGGAGGAACACUUACAUUCCACCACAGUUACAGCAGCCAUGAGGAUUCUUGUUGUCCUACUAAGUAAUCAGUCUAUUCUUAUCAAGUUUAAAGAAGGACUCAGUGGUGGAGGAUGGCUUGAACAGACAGAUUCUGUCUUAACUAAUAAGAUUGGAACUGUAUUAGGAUUCAAUGUGGGCAGAAGUGCUGGUGGAAGAUCGACAGUCAGGGAGAUUAACCGAGAUGCUUGUCAUUUUCCUGGUUUUCCAGUCCUUCAGUCAUUCCUUCCUAAACACACUAAUGUCCCUGCCCUCUAUUUUCUCCUCAUGGCUUUGUUUCUGCAGCAGCCAGUUAGUGAGCUGCCUGAGAACCUGCAGUUUGAUUUGGAUUCCAUUUGGACAUUUAUCUUUGGAGUUCCUGCCUCCAGUGGAACUGUGGUCUCUUCUAUCCAUAACGUAUGCACAGAAGCUGUUUUUUUAUUAUUGGGAAUGCUCCGCAGCAUGCUGAAUUCACCUUGGCAAUCAGAAGAAGAGGGAUCUUGGCUCCGAGAAUAUCCUGUGACCCUGAUGCAGUUCUUCAGAUAUUUGUAUCACAACGUUCCAGACCUUGCCUCCAUGUGGAUGAGCCCUGACUUCCUGUGUGCAUUAGCAGCCACGGUCUUCCCCUUCAAUAUUCGCCCUUACUCAGAGAUGGUGACUGACCUUGAUGAUGAAGUUGGAUCUCCAGCAGAAGAGUUUAAAGCAUUUGCAACAGAUACAGGGAUGAACAGGAGCCAAUCAGAGUACUGCAAUGUGGGCACCAAGACAUAUCUGACCAAUCACCCGGCUAAAAAGUUUGUUUUUGACUUCAUGCGGGUCUUAAUCAUAGACAACCUCUGUCUUACCCCUGCCAGCAAGCAAACUCCAUUAAUUGAUCUUUUGUUGGAGGCUUCCCCUGAAAGGUCUACAAGAACUCAGCAAAAAGAAUUUCAAACUUACAUUUUAGAUAGUGUGAUGGACCAUUUGCUUGCAGCUGAUGUGUUAUUAGGGGAAGACGCAUCUCUGCCUAUUACCAGUGGAGGAAGCUACCAGGUAUUGGUGAACAAUGUGUUUUAUUUCACACAGCGUGUGGUGGACAAGCUUUGGCAAGGCAUGUUCAACAAAGAAUCUAAACUUCUUAUAGAUUUUAUAAUUCAACUAAUUGCACAGUCAAAGAGAAGAUCACAGGGAUUGUCACUGGAUGCAGUCUAUCACUGCCUCAAUAGGACCAUCUUGUAUCAGUUCUCACGGGCACACAAAACCGUUCCUCAGCAAGUAGCUCUGCUUGAUUCACUCAGGGUCCUCACUGUAAACAGAAACUUGAUUCUGGGACCUGGCAACCAUGACCAAGAAUUCAUUAGCUGUCUGGCCCACUGUUUGAUAAAUCUACAUGUUGGAAGCAAUGUGGAUGGAUUUGGACUGGAAGCAGAAGCCCGUAUGACUACAUGGCACAUUAUGAUCCCCUCUGACAUUGAACCAGAUGGUAGUUACAGCCAAGAUAUUAGUGAAGGGCGUCAGCUUCUCAUAAAAGCUGUCAACAGAGUUUGGACUGAACUGAUACAUAGUAAGAAACAAGUCUUGGAAGAGCUUUUCAAAGUAACUCUGCCUGUGAAUGAAAGGGGCCACGUGGACAUAGCUAUAGCCAGGCCACUCAUUGAAGAAGCUGGCUUGAAGUGCUGGCAGAACCAUCUGGCCCAUGAAAAGAAAUGCAUAAGUCGGGGAGAAGCUUUAGUGCCCACCACACAAUCUAAAUUAUCCCGUGUCAGCAGUGGCUUUGGUCUUUCUAAGUUAACAGGAUCAAGAAGAAAUCGAAAAGAAAGUGGUCUUAAUAAACACAGUCUUUCCACCCAGGAGAUUUCGCAGUGGAUGUUUACUCACAUUGCUGUUGUUCGUGACUUAGUAGAUACACAAUAUAAGGAAUAUCAGGAGCGUCAGCAGAAUGCCCUGAAGUACGUGACAGAAGAGUGGUGCCAGAUCGAGUGCGAGCUGCUGCGGGAGCGGGGCCUGUGGGGCCCUCCCAUCGGCUCCCACCUCGACAAGUGGAUGCUGGAGAUGACAGAAGGGCCCUGCAGGAUGAGGAAAAAGAUGGUGCGAAACGAUAUGUUUUAUAACCAUUACCCUUACAUGCCAGAAACUGAACAAGAGACAAAUGUGGCGUCUGAGAUCCCAAGUAAACAGCCUGAGACACCUGAUGAUAUUCCUCAAAAGAAACCUGCUCGAUACAGAAGAGCCGUAAGUUAUGACAGUAAAGAGUACUACAUGCGACUGGCCUCUGGCAAUCCCGCCAUUGUCCAGGACACCAUUGUGGAGAGUUCAGAAGGCGAAGCUGCUCAGCAAGAACCAGAGCAUGGCGAAGACACUAUUGCUAAAGUCAAAGGUUUGGUCAAGCCUCCUCUAAAACGCUCCCGAUCUGCACCUGAUGGAGGAGAUGAGGAGAACCAGGAACAGCUACAAGACCAGAUUGCCGAGGGCAGCUCCAUAGAAGAGGAGGAGAAAACAGAUAAUGCUACCUUACUGCGCCUGUUAGAGGAAGGAGAAAAGAUCCAACACAUGUACCGUUGUGCUCGAGUCCAGGGCCUGGAUACCAGUGAGGGGCUCCUUCUUUUUGGUAAAGAGCAUUUUUAUGUGAUUGAUGGAUUUACCAUGACAGCAACCAGGGAAAUAAGAGAUAUUGAAACCUUACCUCCAAAUAUGCAUGAGCCGAUUAUCCCUAGAGGAGCCAGGCAAGGCCCUAGUCAACUCAAGAGAACAUGCAGCAUUUUUGCAUAUGAAGAUAUCAAGGAAGUUCAUAAAAGGAGAUAUCUCCUGCAGCCUAUUGCUGUGGAAGUUUUCUCUGGAGAUGGACGGAAUUACCUCCUUGCCUUCCAGAAAGGAAUUAGAAACAAAGUCUAUCAAAGGUUUUUGGCUGUAGUGCCAUCUCUAACAGACAGUUCAGAAUCUGUAUCUGGGCAACGACCAAACACGAGUGUGGAGCAGGGAUCUGGGUUGCUUAGCACCUUGGUUGGAGAGAAGUCUGUGACUCAGAGAUGGGAGAGAGGUGAAAUCAGCAACUUCCAAUAUUUGAUGCAUUUGAACACUUUGGCUGGCAGAUCGUAUAAUGAUCUCAUGCAGUAUCCUGUCUUUCCCUGGAUCCUUGCAGAUUAUGACUCAGAGGAGGUGGAUCUUACUAAUCCCAAGACGUUUAGAAACCUGGCUAAGCCAAUGGGAGCACAAACAGAUGAACGAUUAGCUCAGUAUAAGAAGCGGUUUAAAGACUGGGAGGAUCCUAAUGGAGAAACUCCUGCAUACCAUUAUGGGACCCACUAUUCAUCUGCAAUGAUCGUGGCCUCAUAUCUUGUAAGGAUGGAGCCUUUCACACAGAUAUUCUUAAGGCUACAGGGUGGCCACUUUGACCUGGCUGACCGGAUGUUUCACAGUGUGCGUGAGGCCUGGUAUUCAGCAUCAAAACACAACAUGGCAGAUGUAAAAGAACUUAUCCCAGAGUUCUUUUACUUACCAGAAUUCCUGUUCAAUUCCAACAACUUUGAUCUAGGCUGUAAACAAAAUGGCACCAAGCUUGGAGAUGUUAUCCUUCCACCCUGGGCAAAAGGGGAUCCACGAGAAUUCAUCAGAGUCCACCGAGAGGCUUUGGAGUGUGAUUACGUGAGUGCCCAUCUCCAUGAGUGGAUUGACUUAAUCUUCGGCUAUAAACAGCAAGGCCCUGCUGCAGUAGAAGCUGUAAAUGUCUUCCAUCAUCUUUUUUAUGAGGGUCAAGUGGAUAUCUACAACAUCAAUGACCCACUAAAGGAGACAGCCACAAUUGGGUUCAUUAAUAACUUUGGUCAGAUCCCUAAACAGUUAUUUAAAAAACCUCAUCCACCAAAGCGAGUGAGAAGUCGACUCAAUGGAGACAAUGCAGGAAUCUCUGUCCUACCAGGAUCUACAAGUGACAAGAUCUUUUUUCAUCAUCUAGACAACUUGAGGCCUUCUCUAACACCUGUAAAAGAACUCAAAGAACCUGUGGGACAAAUUGUAUGUACAGAUAAAGGUAUUCUUGCUGUGGAACAAAAUAAGGUUCUUAUCCCACCAGCCUGGAAUAAAACUUUCGCUUGGGGCUAUGCAGACCUCAGUUGCAGACUGGGAACCUAUGAGUCAGACAAGGCUGUGACUGUUUAUGAAUGCUUGUCUGAGUGGGGCCAGAUUCUCUGUGCAAUCUGCCCCAACCCCAAGCUGGUCAUCACAGGUGGAACAAGCACAGUUGUGUGUGUGUGGGAGAUGGGCACCUCCAAAGAAAAGGCCAAGACCCUCACCCUCAAACAGGCCUUACUGGGCCACACUGAUACUGUCACCUGUGCCACAGCAUCAUUAGCCUAUCACAUAAUUGUCAGUGGGUCCCGUGAUCGAACCUGUAUCAUUUGGGAUUUGAACAAACUGUCAUUUUUAACCCAGCUUCGAGGGCAUCGAGCUCCAGUUUCUGCUCUUUGUAUCAAUGAAUUAACAGGGGACAUUGUGUCCUGUGCUGGCACAUACAUCCAUGUGUGGAGCAUCAAUGGGAACCCUAUCGUGAGUGUCAACACGUUCACAGGUAGGAGCCAGCAGAUCAUCUGCUGCUGCGUGUCGGAGAUGAACGAAUGGGACACACAGAACGUCAUAGUGACAGGACACUCAGAUGGAGUGGUUCGGUUUUGGAGAAUGGAAUUUUUGCAAGUUCCUGAAACACCAGCUCCUGAGCCUGCUGAAGUCCUAGAAAUGCAGGAAGACUGUCCAGAAGCACAAAUAGGGCAGGAAGCCCAAGACGAGGACAGCAGCGAUUCAGAAGCAGAUGAGCAGAGCGUCAGCCAGGACCCAAAGGACACUCCAAGCCAGCCCAGCAGCACCAGCCACAGGCCCCGGGCAGCCUCCUGCCGCGCAACAGCCGCCUGGUGUACUGACAGUGGCUCCGACGACUCCAGACGCUGGUCUGACCAGCUCAGCCUAGAUGAGAAAGACGGCUUCAUAUUUGUGAAUUAUUCAGAGGGCCAGACCAGAGCCCAUCUGCAGGGCCCCCUUAGCCACCCCCACCCCAAUCCCAUUGAGGUGCGGAAUUACAGCAGAUUGAAACCUGGGUACCGGUGGGAACGGCAGCUGGUGUUCAGGAGUAAGCUGACUAUGCACACAGCCUUUGAUCGAAAGGACAACGCACACCCAGCUGAGGUCACUGCCUUGGGCGUCUCCAAGGAUCACAGUAGGAUCCUCGUUGGUGACAGUCGAGGCCGAGUUUUCAGCUGGUCUGUAAGUGACCAGCCAGGCCGUUCUGCUGCUGAUCACUGGGUGAAGGAUGAAGGCGGCGACAGCUGCUCGGGCUGCGCGGUGAGAUUUUCACUCACAGAAAGACGACACCAUUGCAGGAACUGUGGUCAGCUCUUCUGCCAGAAGUGCAGUCGAUUUCAAUCUGAAAUCAAACGCUUGAAAAUCUCAUCCCCGGUGCGUGUUUGUCAGAACUGUUAUUAUAACUUACAGCAUGAGAGAGGUUCAGAAGAUGGACCUCGAAAUUGUUGAAGAUUCAACAAGCUGAGUGGAGACCACGGUCUGUAGACCCCUUCCCGAUUCUCCUGUCCCAGCUUGGAAGGCAUUGAAAACAGUCUCCGUUUACACAUCUCUUCAUACCACGUGUUUGAAGUGUUAAAAUUCAAAGGGAUCAUUGAAUAAAACGGGUGUAGAGUACAGGAAUGGGGCAGACGCGAUUCAGGUGAACAGCACAAGAAGAAUAUGAGGUGUUUCCUAGGAGCAACAUUUUCGAUAUCCAGUUCUCCAUGAUGACAGUAGCUAUCUCCAAGCUACUUAUUAACUGUCUUUUCUUGCAUCUCAUUUUUAUAGAGCUACUCAUCCUUAUUUGGAAAAACCAACAACAAAAAAGGCUUUUAGAAAAUGGUUGUAAAUCUUACUUCUUUGCAAGUAACUAUGUAUAUUGUAAAUAGAUAUAAAAGGCCUUUUUUCUAAAUAAGGACUUAACUGCCUGUAACAUGAAACUUCAAACUAAACCACUAACUCAAUGAACUACUUAUGGUUUGUCUGAGAUCCCUCACUUACCAAUUAAUUAUAAAUGUUUUUUUAAAUCCCCAAAGACAUUAUCAGUGGUCUUUUUUUCCUUUCCAACUCAGCCUGUGUGCCUGAUGUCAUUUCUUUCAAGUUGCCCACAGUAUCUCCACUUAAACUAGGCUAGUAACCAAAAUAAUGUGGACCUUCUUUAGGAAACAGUAUGGGAGAAUAGGAGUCCAGCUGUAAGAUAAACCAGGAAUAUUUGGGCGUCUUGUACCUGGCCACGUACCACCUCAGUGUUGUUCCUACAUAAACAGGGCCCCUUUUAAACUUGUAUGUGGACUGCUGUUUGGUCAAAGAAUACCUUCUUAGCAUUGCAGAAAGGUGGCCACAUGACCGAUGUAGUGCAGGAAACAGCCCUGUCUCAAUUAAUGGAAAUAUAUUUGCAUGUAACCCAAAAUUAGCUUAUCUUGCAUAGAACAUAGUAAGUAUGUGUCUUUGGUGACACUGUUCUACUAUAGCUUAUUUUCAAAAAAAGGGUAAAAAACGAAAAGAAAAAAGUGUACAGAAUUAACAUAUAAACUUUGUUGUAAAACUGAAUCAUGUCAGAACUGCUUAAAAUUAACCUUUACCAUUUAAUGUCAUCUACCUGAAAACAGUGAGAUUUAUACUGUAUCAAUGUCUAUUUUUUUGUUUUUGCUAUGAAUAUAAUUACAGUAUUUUAAUAUUUAGUUAUUUAAUUUGUUCUACUAGUUGGAUACAGAACACACAAAUCCAGGGGGAUUAAAGCUGGAAGGGGCUAAGAGAUUAGUUUACAGAGAAAAGGCUUGGUGGUGGGAUUUUUUUAAAUGUGUGUUAUGUACAUAUAUAUAUAUAAUAUAUAUUAAAAAUGAAACAAUCUAGAUUUUAACAUUUCCAGAAACUUAGUGAUAAUAUUAUGAACAAUUCUAAAAGCCCUGUGAUUUGAAAAAUGUAGAACCAUUAAUGGCCCAAGAUAGGCCUUUACACCCUCACAGGUGUGAAAGGAAAGGCCUUCACACCCUCACAGAGGCAUCAUACAAAGGACAGCGGCUUUGGCUUUUCCAACUUUCCGUCUUUAGGCCCUGGGGAGAGCCACACUUAUGCACUAAAAUGCACAUAUAUGCACAUGCAUUCAAAAAUAGGCAUUUGGUACAAUGGUGAUCUUGUACCUCAUGGGCUGAAACCAGCUUAAGAACAAAUUUGUUCUUCCUGAUAACAAUAACUAGGUCUCCAAGAGAAAAUACAAAGGCUGCUUUAGUGCCUUACGCUUACUAAAUUUAAAUCUUUAUUUACCUGGGUUUGAGCCUACAGUCUAUUUAUGAUUACAUAUCAAAAUUGAUUAAAACACUUCCAUUUCUAAAAGUUCAAAUAUACUUGUUAAUAAAAGGAUUAUCGGCAUUAAUACUUCAACUUAAAGAAAAGUUGUGUUCUGUUUUCCUUUCUGUGUCUUACUCCCCCCACUCUGCCCCUCCCCCAUCACCAUCUUCAAUUCUAAUAAAUAAUGCUGAUGUUCAACGUUUGCAGAAAUUGUGCUAUUACGUAACUGUGGGCCUUGCCCCCGUCUGGCCCUCUAGAUGAGUUGUAGCAGUGUUAUUCUACACUUUUUAAAAAGAAGCGUCCUCUUUUUGUCCAUGAACCAUGUUUACCCCAUACCCAGUGACAGAGGUGUUCUUUAAAGACUUGACUGUAUGAAUGUGUGUACGUAGUUACUUAAAGGUUAUUCCUCUUUGUAAUAGGAAGCUAUAUGGGAUGAACACUUUUAAACUUUCCGACACAACUUCCAUAACUAGAAGGUGGAAACCAAAACCCUCAAGGUAGUAUUUCCUCUGGCCGCUGGUGCUGUGGGCAACUGUUUUGUUCAAUCAGGUUUCUUUUCUUUUUGCUUCUAAUGCAGAAAUCAGCAGAAUCACUCACACAUACAAGUACACUCACAUACAUGAACUAAUUAUUUCUCUGGAUAUCUUUCUGUGUUCCAUGUAAAUUCAUGUACCAACAUCUGUUGUCAACAUGUACAUCUCCCUAUGUGUGGUCUGCAUUCUGAGAGUACCUCACAGAGCUCCUGCCUGGUCUUUGUAGUUUGUUCAUUCAUCCAUCCACCUGUUCAUUUGUUCAUCCAUGUAUUCUAACAUUUGUGUGUAGUGUGCAACUGUAAUGUCAUGCUUUUGAAGAAGAAAAUAGCUGCCCAUAGCAGCCAUCUGUCUGAAUAAUAGCAAAACACUCUAGAUAAGUUAUUUUGCACUUUCUUAUGUAUAAAGUUGGUAGAAACUUAUUUUUGCUUUGUAUCAUUUAAAUACAUUUUGUUUUGGUAAAUGAACUGUGUAUAAAAUAUUUAUGCCGUUAAAACUGUUUUUAGAAAGUAUUUUUAAUUUCAGCAAGUUUGGUUACUUGUUGCAUGACUAUUAACACAGCUGACUUUUUGUGUCAGUGCAAUGUAUAUUUUUUGUCCUGUUAUUAACUUGUAAGCCCUAGUAAUGGCCAAUUAUUUGUACAGCAAAAGAAGUAAAUUGAAGAUACUGGCUAAGACUGGAUUGAUUGUGGACUUUUGUACUAUAUUGCAGACUCCAAUAUCUGUUUCUUGGUGGUUAUGUAAAAGACCUGAAGAAUUACUAUCCAGUGUGCAAUCUGUGAUAUCUGAAUGUUCAUUGUGUAUUUGUCUCUGAUGCAAAAAGGUAGAGUAACACAAUUACAAUACACGAUUAAAUGCA